ACGCUUAUAUUGCUGCACACAUACACAUACAGAGACAAGACACAGGAAGCUCUGGGGAACUCGGGGGAAAAUGAACAUUUGUACCGCCCCAGAAGGACAAGUCUGUCGCUCAAAUAAAUCAUAAGAGGGGCACUGGGCACGCGGGAGUCGUAUUUUUGGUUACGAGUAACUUGUGGAAUUUAUCGGGCACAUUUUCCUGAAAAGAGACCUGGCUUUCCUCUCAACCCGUUUAUAUUAUAUUUCUACUCAUUUAAUUUAAUUUCGUCAGCUGCCCUAAAAACUGUCAUUCAGAGAAGUGCGGUGUUGCAGCAGCGGACGGUGCGUAAAGACCGAGGAGACACCAGCCGCGGACGAGCAACAGACACUUGUCUCAUUCACUUGCGGUUUUAUACUUUAUUUAUUAUUUAUACUUCAGCCUAUUUAUUUGGGACUUUUUCGGUCUACUUUGGGGCGUCGGUGGUGAUUUCUGUGGAAUAUGGUGGGGGAAAUGGAAACGAAAGAGAAGCCGAAGCCGACCCCAGACUAUCUGAUGCAGCUCAUGAACGAUAAGAAAUUAAUGAGCAGUCUGCCCAACUUCUGCGGGAUCUUCAACCACCUUGAACGGCUUCUCGAUGAAGAGAUCAGCAGGGUACGAAAGGACAUGUACAACGACACGUUAAACGGGAGCACAGAGAAGAGAAGCUCAGAGCUCCCGGAUGCUGUCGGCCCUAUUGUUCAGCUCCAAGAGAAACUUUAUGUGCCUGUUAAAGAAUAUCCUGACUUUAAUUUUGUGGGCCGGAUCUUGGGCCCACGGGGGCUCACAGCCAAACAGCUGGAAGCAGAGACAGGAUGUAAGAUCAUGGUGAGAGGGAAAGGCUCCAUGAGGGACAAAAAGAAGGAAGAGCAAAAUCGAGGCAAGCCCAAUUGGGAGCAUCUGAAUGAAGACCUCCAUGUGCUCAUCACGGUGGAGGAUGCCCAGAACCGCGCUGAGAUCAAGCUGAAGCGUGCAGUGGAGGAGGUUAAUAAACUACUUGUGCCUGCGGCUGAAGGGGAGGACAGUCUGAAGAAGAUGCAGCUGAUGGAACUGGCCAUUCUUAACGGCACCUACAGAGACGCCAAUAUUAAAUCACCUGCCCUUGCAUUCUCUCUUGCAGCGAGCGCCCAGGCACCCCGGAUCCUCACUGGCCCAGCACCCGUCCUGCAGCCCACAGCCUUGCGUACACCCACGCCCGCGGGGCCCACCAUCAUGCCCCUCAUCCGCCAGAUCCAGACUGUCAUGCCCAACGGCUCAGCCCACCCAGGAGCCACCACCCUUGUGCAACCCGGUCCGGAGUCGGGCCUGAUUUACGCGACACCCUAUGAGUACCCCUACACGCUGGCUCCUGCUACCUCUAUUCUGGAGUAUCCAAUAGACCCCAGCGGGGUGUUAGGGUCCUCAAAGGCCGAAGAGCUGCCGCUCUACCUGGGUUUUCAGACCUGUCACAUUCCCAUCACACUCCAGCGUGGAGAGCCAACCGGUCGGCCUCCAUUUUAAAGUGGCCCCUCCUCUGUCCCCACCCCUCCAACAAGCCCCUCCCUCACAUCACAGACACGCCCCAUCCUGUGUCCCCCACCUCCCUCAAAUCGGACUGGCUGGACUCCCCAGCCUCUUUUACUUUCUGUUUGUUUUUGUUUUUUUUCAUCGAAUCAUGUUUUUAUUUUAUUUUUUGUAAUUUUAUCAAUGUGAUGUUUUCGUUUGUUGUGUGUAUAGUGAUGUGGGAGAAAAAGCACUGAGCCCCAAAACUGCUGCACAUGUCUUUCUGAAUGACCCCCAUCCCUCAGACUGAGCGGGCUGCAUCAGGGUUAGGGGCAUCAGGAAGGGCAACAUGAGGAUGGUGAGGGGACAGUGGGGGUCAAAUGGGGGCUUAUUAAAUUGGGAGGGGGCACUAUUUGAGAAAGGGUUAUCUAUUGAAAGCCAGGCUCUUCACCAAGCAGUUUUAGGACAGUUUAAGUUCACUAUACUGUAAUGGUGUCUUAUGGCUGGAAAGUCUUAAGAGACAUCAACAGUCACAUAGAAUACAUUGUCGGCUUAAAGAAACAUUUCUGUUUAAAAGUGAAUCUCAAAACGUCUUUUAAGAAGAUUUAGGUUAUAUUUUCAUAACUUACAUAAACAUUUUUGGAAAAAAUAGAAAAUACAGUACUGUGCAAAGGUUUUAGGCACUUGUGAACAUUUUGGCUAAGUGAGGAAUUCUUCAAAAAUAAUGCCAUAAAUAGUUUUCAUUGAUCAAUUAACAUCAUACUAAGUCCAGUAAAUAUAAAAAAGCUAAAGCAAUAUUUGGUGUGACCACCUUUGCUUUCAAAACCAAUUUUCUUAGGACACCUGGACACAGUUUUAAUUUGUUGUUGGUAGACCGGAUGUUCAAAGAUUCUUGGAGGAUUCGCCAGUUCUUCUAUCUAUUUAGGCUGCCUCAGCUGCUUCUGUCUCUUCAUGUAAUCUCAGACUGACACAUUUAGUUGGGAUCUCUGUGGGGGCCAUGACAUCUGUUGCAGGGCUCCAUGUUCUUCUAAUCUUUUCUAUUUGCAAAAGGAAUGUUUGGAAGUCUAAAAUGUCCUGUUGACAGUAAAGCUGAAGCUAUAAAUAACCAUCUUAAGACAAAUGCUUUUUGUGAAACAUCUGACUUUUGGUCAGUACUCUAUAUUGGCAUAAAGAAAAUAGCAUUUUUGCAUCGUAACAUUAUUUUUAGCUAUUCAUUAUUUCAUGCUCAUCGAAAGAUAAGCAUAUUUACCCCACAAAUUCUCAUUACUGUAAUGCAAAAAAUAAUAGUGAUAUAUUAUUUGAAAUGUGUACAUGGUCGUAUCUGAUAUAAAUAAUAAUAAUACAAAAUCACAUUAUGUCUUUACUGUAAUGGUAUUUUUUUAUUACAGUAAUGGGGAUCUAAGGAGAAUUAUCAUUGAGAAUAAUAAUAAUAAUUUAAAAAAAACUUGCAUUACAUUGUUUUGUUUUUUUGUUUGUUUGUUUGUUUUUUAAUGAAAACUUAAACUCAUUCGGAACUGAAUUUGUUAAAAACAUAAAAAUAUAGUCAUACAUAGGUUUAUAGUUGUUUUACCUAUGUUUAUAUUUUAACCUGGAUAUCACCAUGAAAAUAGCCAUAGAAGCUGGCAUGGCGUUAACAGCAAAAUAACAUUAUAACAACAUCUUUGUUCCUUACUAUUUAACUCAAAUAGAUUUUCAUAAUCAGAAAUUAAACUUUUACUUUACUUAAAAAAUGUAAGGCAGCAAUUAAACUUAUUGUACUUUUUCAAUUUGAGUGGGUUAAUUUGUUUCACAGUGUCCAGUAUAAGAAUCUGAGCAGAAAUUGAGCUUAAUUACCAUUUAAAUAGUGUCACAAAGCAAAAAAUCUUAAUAGAUGCAAAAAUAGGCGGCUUUUUGCUAAAAUAUAAUUUCUUCCUUUUUUCCAAUUGAUUUUGUUGUAAAAUAUGACCCAGACAUGUUCCUGUGACAUUCUCCCUUUGAGUACCAUAUAGUCUUAUGAACUGUCCUAGAUCGUGCUUUUGUGAAACCUCUGACUAAUUGUGUGUGUUGCUUCCCCGAGGACGGCCAGUCCCGGCACUAAUGUCCCAUUCCCUUCCUUUAUCCUUUAGAUUUGGCUUUCCACACAAAAGGCAAAAUGUGGAGCCUCACUGCGCCCCUCAUCCCAUCUGAGUGUUAACACACACAUGCGCUUUCGUUUCACAGCUGCCUUGUUGGUUUUGAGUGUUGUUUGUUGAGAAGCAUGAAUCUGGGCCUAGCAGUCAGCCACACACACUCCUGUUUGUUUACACUGGCUAUUCCCAGAGCCCAAAGAGGCUGUACUUGUAAUGCCAUACAUAUGCCUCCAUACUCAUACAUUUCCCCUGGACUGUGCUGUUGACUGCUAUGUUUUAGAGUGGAAUGGAAAGAAAGAAAAAUCGAUCAAACGUUGUCCUGCUUUACUAAUCACUUAAUUCAUUGCUGUGCAUUUCUAUUCUUUCUUUUUUGUACUAUACAGCAAAUGUGCCUACAUAUUUUCCUCUCUGUGCCCAAGCUUAGAGAGUGAGUUUAUCAGUAUUAUAUUUAAAGACCUUCUUCACUGUCGCUCCACUGCAAGAUUACGUGACUAGUAAAGCUCCCUAGUUAGGGUGUGUACUCCUGUGUGCUCAUCACUUAUGUAUGUCAUACUGCAUCCAAGCUACGCAAAAACCCACAGAUCCACCAAGGAUAAAUGAAAUCAUGUUUGAAUUUUGUACUUUAUAGAUUUGCAUAUGGGGAAAAAAGUAUUAUUUGUGCCUUAACUUGUAUAAUUUAAAUGAUUUGCUUUUGUCAAACAUUUGGUCAUACCGAUCAAUUAUACGAAACCUGUUUGAUUCAUCUGAUGGAAACUGUGAGGUUUGAUUGAUCUGUUUUUUUCUGGUGAUGUUAUUGUAAUCUAAGCAGGUGCUGUGACAACUAAGGUUCGAAGGCACGAACUGCGCGUCCAUCCUUACCAAAGGGUAGUGACCGCAGACAGAGGUUAGUUUAGUCCAUGUGCUUCUAUUCUUUAUCAGUAACAACUCACUGUUGGUCCUGAUCUUUUGUGCAACGUGUGCAGUGUGAGCACGUUAAAAGAUCCAGUGCUUGAAUUCAGCAGACUCAGCCUUCUGUGCCAUUUUAUAAGGUGUGUAGAAUGUGUUUUUUUAAAGCCUUUGUUUUCUGUGCACACACACACACACACACACACACACACAUGAUCUUUCCUGCGCAGGUGGAGUGGUUGACUCCGUUAUUUUGAUGACUUUAUGACUUCAACAUAAUGUUAAUGACGAAUAAUGGAACUGUUCAUGUGAACAUGGGCUUAAAUCAAGUUUCCAUUAUGCUCUUAUCACAAAAUUCUAAUUUGUAGUUGAAGUUUCUAAUACAAAAAUUCUAUUUAAUUUUGUUGAAUAUAAAUAAGUCAAUUUGAUGGAAAUGUGUUAUUAAAUUGGAAAUGUGUUAAGUCAAUCGCAAAAAUAGGUUGAUUUAUUGAUUUUUAUUGUUAUUAUAAUUUUUUCUGUGGUAUAGGGUUUGUUCUAAAUAACUAACCCUUAGUUCACCCGCAAAAAAUGUAAAGUCUGUCAUCACUGAAAAUAUAAAUGAACUCUCAAUGCAAAAACUUUCCAUUUUAAUUUACCCUAUAAACUUUGCAAAUAAUUCAACUCCAAGUUCUAACGUUCAGACUCCGUUAAAGGUUUGAUUUGUAGAUAACUUCAGCAUGCACGCUAUCUGUAUGGGAAUUUUGUAAACUUUAUAUUUAAAAUUUACAUUUAAAGUUUGAUGUGUAGAUAAUUUAAGCCUUAGGCAUGCUAUCUAUUUUGGGGUUUAAAUAAAAUUUUGAAAUGUAAAAUUAAAGUUUAAUUUCAAGUGACUUCAAGUAAUAGAAUGUUCACCAUUCAAUCUAUUUGACAUCGACGAGUACUUGUAAUGUAAUCUAUUUACAUUUGUAUUUUUAUUAUUAUUUACAAAGAAUCAAAGCCUAAAACCUCAGCUUACCUACAUCCUUAACACUACUCUUUUGCUGCCCAAUAACUUUUAGAAAUUAAAUCCAUUAGUAACAGCUAAAAGUACACCAAUAUUAUUACAUGGUUUGCAUAAAUGUUUAAAAUUGUAACCAACCCACACUACCCACUAAAGUAAGAUGGUAGUGGUGUGGGUAAUGAUUUGACAAGCAAAAUGUGCAUGUUAAUUUAUUUGCAGUAUUCAAGACAAUGAAACUGAAUAUUUCCAAAAAUUCAAAACUUACAGUAUAUUUGCCUGUUCACAUGCAUCUAGUUGCAUUUAAAUUCAGUUGGCGUAGGUUAAACAUUUGUAAGUGACGUGUGUGUGCACGGUUAAUAUGUUUUGUUUGGUACCAUCUUUCAUUUGGCUCGCUUUAACUGCCAAAAAGACCACGGAUAUCAAGCAGAUCAGAAACUGAUAUUUUUGGCAAUGUUGUAUUUUCAUAUCCUUUUUGUGCUAUAUACAGAUUUUAUAUAAUAGAACUACUGCUUUGAAGAUACAUUUAAGAAUCCAUUUGCACAGAGCUUCCAGAAUUACAUUCUGUGCAUUUGUACUGGACCACACCAAUCACUUUUUUAUUUCAGCCAUUUACUUAUUUUAUUAUUUCUAUACUGUUAGUUUUUGUCUAAUUUCAAAAAGAGAUUAUAUGUGGCACAAAUCUUUUACUUUGCACUGAAUAAUAAAUCAUAAAUAUCAUCUCCUCUGCUCAUGAUAGUAAACAUGUUAAGUAAAACCUCCAUCAAACCUCAGACCAUUAAACUGGAAAGAAUCUAUCGAGUUCCUGUAAGAUCAGAGUCUUAUGGUGCACCACUGCUGAGUGGCAGAGUAUAGAUCAGGGGUCGGCAACCUAUGGCAUGCAUGCCAGCAUUGCAUAAUCACUGGCACGCCAGCAAUGGCGAGAGAGAAAUAGACUGUUUUAUUUAUAUAAAUUCUGCACCUGCAUUCUAAUCUACAUCUUGAUGUAAUACUUCCUCAUGAUCACGCAGAGUGUUUUCAUGAGCUGAAUGGGAGGCUAAACUAAAAGUUCAAAUGUGACGAGACUGCAGUAUACCCAACAGACUCAGGCAGUGCGUGCAAGCCAUUAGCAAGCCCGACGGCUCUUCACUUUCGGUUUGUCGCAUGAGUAAACGUGCCCACUUUGCUUUGGUCAGGCAGCGCGGACGAUAGCCAACAUUCCGUUUUUUAUUUGUUUCUUUAUGCUUCAGAACAACACAAUAUUUAAUUAGGAAAACACCAGUUUUCACCAGAUUUCUCUCUUUAAACUGUGGUCACACUCAAAAUUACAUAAACGAUUAAAAGAGAAAACAUAAAACCACAUUGUGGGAGUCUAUUAAAAAUAUAAAUUAAACUUGGAAAUAAAGUUGUAGGAUUUUGCAGAUGCGAUUCAGCGAAAAGUGCUAAAUAGUUUGAUUGGCUCGUGAUGCGCGAAUGGCUUGCACGUGCAGCGUGAGUCUCGUCAUACUUUAAUGGUGUUUAGUCUCCCAUUCAGCUGAUGAAAUCACACUGCGUGAUCAUGAGGAAGGAUUACAUCAAGAUGUAGAUUGGAAUGCAUGUGUAAAAAACUCCAUAUACUGUAAAUAAAAUAGCCUGCCGAAACCUGGGAAGGAGGAUGGACUCGCUGUCUUGGAGUCCUCGCCACUGCCAUCCUGACGGCUCCCGUCAGGCCCGGCAGUCUGUGAGGACUCACUGCGGUCCGCAAAGGGAGGAGUGUGCUGUUGUCCGCCAGAGGUCAGAGGAGUGGCUGAGGACUGGGCGACGGCUUGUCCGGGGACCGGCGAGCCAGUUUUCUCUUUCUCUGCUCUUUCUGUCACUCCGCCUCGCUAUUUCCCUCUCCCUUUUCCCUCCCCUCGUCUCUCCCAGGGCUCCAGAAAGGCGGGGAAGACCUGCUAGCAUACACGACAGGAAGGGAGGAGAGUAUGUUAUGCCGGAGGAUUUCCCGGCCUGAGUUGGGCAAUGGAGGAGUGUGACGAGGAGGAAGGCGGGGUGGGGCCGGGCCGUAAGGACACACGCUAGGCCCAGAAUCGUACUAAUCAGCCGGGUGGGGGACAAAGAUGAGCCGGAGGCACCAGUUCGAGAGAGAGAGAGAGACACAUGCGGCUGCUGUGUGUGCAUAUCUAUGUGUUUGUGUUUAAGUUGAUUUGAGUUAAUUUAUGUUAUUAAACCUUACGUUGACAGUUCAGCCGGUUCCCGCCUCCUCCUUGCCCACCUUACCCCGUUACAACUGUGUUAACUCGUUUUGUACAAAAGGACAGGUUUUCUUUCAUUGAAGCACUUUCAGAAUAUGCUCAUGCAGGAUCAUGAUUAUAUCAUAAUCAUCAGGUUUUGCAUUCAAUUAGAAAAAUACAAAAUAGAAACAUUUUCACAAGUGAACUCAAACUUCGGAAAAUCACAUACAUGCCCAUGUUUUUGUAUUGUUUUGUUCCAUUGACCAGGAAAAUUAAAAAAUGGCACUCCAUGUCAAAAAAGUUGCUGACCCCUGGUAUAGAUGCACUUAAGAAAAAAAUCCACUUGAUAUAUGUUUUUUUUUUUUUUUUUUAUGUUUUACUGUACGAUUCUUUUUAUUUUUUUGUUGAAAAGAAAAUAGUAUUUACUUGUUGCUUUUCAAAAUAUAUAAAAAUAUAUAUAAAAAAAAUAUAUAAAGCAGGAAUGUAUAUGAAAUGUCAAAUUUUACUUGUAUUUUGGAAGAAAUAGCAAUGAUAUUAUAGAGGGCUAUUUGUAGGAAAGUUAAAAUGUGCAUCAUAGCAGCUUUAUAGCACCACGUUAAAGAAUUUCCUAUAUUUUUGGAUAUAUGUUAGGGCUUUAUAUGGUUGACAGGACUUUUUCAAUGUUUAUAUGCAAAGGCAUUUUUAUAUUAUGUGUCCUGUAAUUUGUCAGUAGUCUGCAAUGCCGAGGGUAAUGGCUACAAUUCCCACGGCUUGAAUUUCCAUGGCUAUUAUAUGCUAGAAAAUACCUUGUAGUGUUGCUUUGUAUCAUUAAGGCCAAGAUUUUUAUGUUGUUGUAAAUAGAAAAAAAGAUUUUGAAAAGGCAAUAAAAAGUUUUAUG